AUGACUAUUGAAUUAGAAGAACCACCACUUACUCAAGAUAACAAACAAGUUGCCAAAGAUCUUUUUGCUGGUACUAUGGGAGGUAUUGCUCAAGUUUUAGUUGGUCAACCAUUUGAUCUUGUUAAAGUUAGACUACAAUCAUCACCAGAAGGUACAUAUAAUGGUGCCAUUGAUGUUAUUAAAAAAACUUUAGCUAAUGAAGGACCAUUUGGAUUUUAUAAAGGUACUUUAACUCCAUUAUUAGGUGUUGGUGCAUGUGUAUCUGUUCAAUUUUCCGUUAAUGAAUUUAUGAAGCGUCAUUUUGAUAAGAAAUUGAAUGGUCAACCAAUGACUAUUUUAGAUUAUUUCUAUUGUGGUGCUGUUGCUGGUUUUGCCAAUGGGUUUUUAACUAGUCCUAUUGAGCAUAUUCGUAUUAGAUUACAAAGUCAAACAGGAGUAAAUAAAGUAUACAAUGGUCCAUUUGAUUGUGCUAAGAAAAUUUAUGAUCAAAAUGGUAUCAGAGGUAUUUAUAAAGGUUUAGGUCCUACUUUGAUUAGAGAAUCUGUUGGGUUAGGUAUUUAUUUUGCUACUUAUGAAGCAUUGAUUGCUCGUGAAUUGAAAUUAGAUACAAAAUUAACAAGAAAUGAUAUUCCUGCUUGGAAAUUAUGUAUGUUUGGUGGUUUAUCUGGUUAUACUUUAUGGAUUGGUAUUUACCCAAUUGAUGUUAUAAAAUCAAAAUUACAAACUGAUGGAAUCAAGAAUGGUAAAUAUAAUAAUGCCAUGGCCGUUGCUAAAGAUGUGCUUCGUACUCAAGGAAUCAAAGGUUUAUAUAAAGGUUUUAUGCCAACUAUAUUGAGAGCUGCUCCAGCCAAUGGUGCUACUUUUGCUGUAUUUGAAAUUACUAUGAGACUUUUAGGUUAG